AUGUCUGCAUCUAUACCGAGAGACGUCCGCGAGUUCCUGGAAGAUUACCCCGAUAACAGCGACAACCCGUCGUUCUCAGACAACUUGCGAUUCUACUCCAACAAGCUGCGAUGCCGUCCAGACAAUCUCUAUAUCGACGACCUGCACAAGCAGUGGCGCGGAGAUUACUCGAAGCUGGAGUACAAGCACGGAUUCAUUCAAUGGCUCUUCCCUAUCCCGGAGCAUGGCAUGAAUUAUGAGUCCCAACCACUGCAACGGCAUGAGGUGGAGGCCAUGAAGGCCGACGAGACGAUCGUGGAGCGCGUUCUGCGUUCGUACAGGUUGAUGCUGGACUUCUAUGGGAUGCGCCUCGAAGACAGCGAGACUGGUCUGCUCGCCAGAUCGGACAAGAACUACAAGGAUCGCUACAAAAAUCUGACUCGUUCCUCGCAUAACUACCUCCGUAUCUCGCGGAUACUUAAAUGCCUCUCUAUCCUCGGACUGGAACGGCUGAACACGGGCUUUCUGCUCUUUAUCCUUGCCGAGCAGAGCGAGCAUGGCGAACUCAACACGUCUGGCAUCCGGAGCAGCAUGGACCGAUGGUGGGCGAAUUGUGUGCGGAACGAAGAAGAGCGGAAGUGGAUCGGCGAGAUGAUACGCAACGUGAGGGAGGAGAACAUGUAUGUGGAGGCGUUGAACAGACGGAAAGAAACGGGCAAGUUGGCAGAGCUCAGCGCAGUGGAUACAGAGCAAUAG